UGAUCGAUUGAGUACCCAAACGAUUGUGUAUUAAUACUUAUUCAUAUUUUGCAAUCUAGCUAAUAAGCUGCUUUGCUACAAUGACUUACUAUCGGACCAGCUUAAUGCCAUCAUUAGCUCAUCUAAAUUAAGCCCUUGGCAAAGCAACUGGGUCUCGCACCCCUGCAGGACAUUCCCGGAGGGGAGGACGAGGAAUUAGUGCUUUAUUGGUAUGGGCACAGAAAAAACGAUUCAACAACCUCAAAACACACGAUCAACGUGCACCGGUAGCAUUGCCCUAUUGCAUGGGCGAUAAAUCUUUAUCCACACAUCGAAACUCACACACAACAAAACACACCGUCUGAGUCGCAUGCCCCGAGAUUGUUAAUCCUGACCGACGCCAACGUCCGUCUGCCGUGUGAUGUGGCGAGCAAGAAAGGAGAGAAGAGAAAAAACACCACCUACUGAAGGGUUUUCCAUCUGAAAGGAAAAUCCCUCCGGGGGUGGUGGUGGCAAGGGCAGCGGAAAAAUAAACGCAAGUGGAUUAGUUUGUAAGACUAUGCAGAGCGAUCCGCACGGUGGAGUAGGCAGCUCGGCAAAUGGGGUGCUAACAAACGCUCGAGAUGCCAAAGACUUUUCUUCUCGGGCUCAGUCUGGCGUUAAAGUUUGCACCGAUGUGUAAGGGGCGAUUUCUUUUUCGCUGAUUUUCCCGGGAAAUUGUGCGCCGUGUGAGUGAGUGAGCGAGCGAGAGUAUUGCUAGACGGAAGGAAAGAAACGCGAAGCCAGUGGCCUUCAGGUUGGUUGCCGAUUUUUAAAAAUGCGAAUCCUAGGGGUUGGGCGCAACGGCGAUUCGAAGAGUUUAUAUAAAACGCGCACGGCUACGGUUGGCGCACAGUCAGUAUCAACUAGGCAACCGUGGCGCGUCACGAUGAGGAUCCACGCACGUGCACUGCUGUUGAUAAGCCUUGCCGUGCUAAUAUGCGCGGCCAGCGGUGAAAAUGGAAAGCAUAAGAAGAAAAAUCGACGACACGAGGACAACCGGUCAGAACAGGUUUACUAUGUUGAUCAAAUAGCAUCUGCUUCUGCGAUUUCACCCUGGACAUCGAAUCGCAUCAUCGCCAAAACUACUGAAAAUGGUAAGGAAUCCCAGUACGUGAUCAACAUCUCUCCGGAGGACGAAGUAAUCAUCCACGAUGACAGGGCAACCGAUCGUGUAUCUGACCGUGGUCCAGCGGACGACCAAACUCCGCAAGACUUCGUGCAUGAGGCACUGCGACUGCGCAAGCAGUACAUGCAGAACGGUCCGAAAGGUACUACACCGAUGCCGGCAAGCUCGUUCGUCGAGUUCACCACGGUCAAGUAUGAUCACUUUGGACCGAGCAGGGCACCGGAGCGGGAAGCAUCAGAACCGCACGUGAUCUACCAUAACAAACCUGUUCCGACGAAACCAUCGACCACUAUGGGUCCACCAUCUGUACCAUCAGCUAUGCCCACAUAUCGUCCGAAGCACAUAAAACCACAAACCACUAAGCCAAUGUUGGUUCACACCGUUACACCGUACGUAGCAAUUGAUCAUGAACAGCCAGAACCGAGACCUACGAUGGGAUACCGGCCGAAGGAAAUGAAAUUGCCACCAAAGCAGGAGACCGUGUCGAAAACGGUUCACCUACCGACGCCAGGAAAGGUAGCACCUAUCAAGCAGCAGGACACAGCUGCCUCCAGCGUGUUUGUGCAGGCUGUCCGACCGGACGAGUCGUCCUUCGGAAGUAGCUACGCCACGCAUCAUGAAUCCGGGAGUAGCUACCAGGAAUUCCACAAGUUCACACCGAACGCAGACUCCCAAAGCAGUAGUUCAAUUCUGACCGUCCAUAAAGUGAGACCUCCGUCCGAGCCGUAUCACGCUAAGCAUCCGAAGCAUCCGCGUGAAGACGAACAUCGGGAGUACCUUGGAAAAGCACCCAAACCAAAACAACCAGCAGCUCCGGUAGAAUUAGGCCGAUAUCGUCCUACAAAGGGUUUCGAGGUGGAGGAAGAUCAUACGCCAAAGUAUCAUCAGGAGAAGAAGCAUUUCGUUCCGGAGGUUUCUAACCCACACGUAAAGUACGAGAAGGAAGUUGAGGAAAAUUUCCUUAAACAGCAACAACAACAGCAGCAACAGCAGCAGCAGCAUCAACAGCAGCAACAUCAGUACCAUCAACAGCUUGAGCAGGAACAUCAACAUCAUCACCAUCAUCAUCAUGGUUACGAAACUCCACGUCCAGCGAAGAAAGAAAAAGCUCAACCAACCGAGGAACCACAGUUCUAUCCGUCCAAGAGCUACCGACCCAUUGAAACUAUCACGCAAGUUCAGAUGGAACCGGAACUUGUUCCUUCCGAGGAACCGUAUCGCUACAAUCCCCACAAGCCACAUCAUGUCGAUACGUUCAAACCAUCGACGGUAAACUACGAACGUGAUCCUAAUCCGGCCGUGCAGUUGAAGGAAACGUACAUUUAUCAUCCACCCAAAUCACAUCACGUAGAUCCACCAAAGAAGCAGCCGGAAACGAGCACCGUAACGUACCACGGAUCCAAACACUACGAACACUCCGACAAACAUCUGUCGGAAGUGUCACCGGACUUUUUGAAGUUGGCGACGGCACGACCAGCCAAGCAUAAGUAUGCCGACUUGCCAAAGCCUUCACCAGCCCCCAGUUACUCGAAGGUGACAAGUUAUCCUACGCUACAGUCCACAAGUUCUCAGCGCGAGAAACCUUCGUACGAUCCUUACAAAUACCGUCCAAGUCCCACACCGGAAGUGUCCAGCGCUGGACACGGAUUCCAAAAGAUUUCAUCCUCGCCGGCCAGCUUCCCGAAGUACAUACCUGCCAAGAUGCCUGGUGAGGUACAAUCGGAAACAGGUACACCGUACAGCUUUAAACAGGGACAUGCUGCAGUAUCGGAAACUUUCUCCAGCUACGUACCCUCGUCUACUCCGGAAUCCUUCAGUGCGGGUGUUUCGCAAGAAUACCCGAAGAUGUUUUCUGCAUCUCCAACACCAUACACCAAGUACAGUGCAGUAAGUCCAUCGGCAGCACCAUCAUCUGACACUUUGUACGAGUUCCCGCACAUGAAGGAAACUCCCAAAUCGUUCUCAAAGUUCCAGGAACCCAAGGCUUACUCUACCAUCCACCCGUCAGAACAACCGUUCAAAACGCUCAGUACUACGAUCUUCAUGAAACCGUCCACAUCGGAAGCAAACUAUGGUACUGUGUCAGGGAAACCGAUACAAAACCUUACCACUUCAAUUGGACUGAAAGUGUCUCCUAGUGAGGCUACCAAGACGGAGUAUUAUACUGAUCCUGAGGUGACAACAUAUUAUGUACUUUCCAACGGAACCGAGAUCAAGCUUGGUGACGAUCCGUCCAAGAUUCCGCAAGAGUUCCGCAUCACAUCGGACGAAGGGGCCUUUCUGAGUAGUAACUAUUCCACCAAGUUGGCGGAAGACUUUGCAAUGAAGUACAACUGGGACAGUUUGCACACGGUAGCGGACGGUGAGUUCUAUCUGGGAUCAGCAUCCGACGCUGCACUCAAAGCACUCAUGAAGGACGCACCCAAGCCAGCCUCCAAAUUCCACGAACCCAUUGAAUACAUCGUGCGAGACAAGAAAAAGCUGAAGCCACUCGUAUUUCCCAAAGUUCCUCACAAACCAAUUAAAACGGUAACGAUCUACAAAUCCACACACCGCUCGUCCGAUGAUCAUCUAGAGGGUGGUUUUGAGCCAAUGAUUGGUGUACAGCCGCAGAUGGACAAGAAGAGUGAACUACCCGGUGGAGAUGAUGAAUUCUACUACACUAACGAGGCGAUCGAUCUGGAGGAGGAUCCAACGAAAGCUUCCAAGAAGAACGCUGUGUUUAUGCCAGGCCAGGGAAUGGGCGGCCGUAUGCCGGGACCGGGCAUGAUGCUAAAGCUAGGUCCCGGACCUGUACCAGUACGUGAGCCACAAGGAUCGCCGGCUCAGGAUAUGGACAUGAGUGCCGAGCCGUCCAAGAAACAUCAGUACUUUGUGCUGUAUCACAUUGAGGAUAAGGAGAAAAAACCAACGCGGCCACACAUUCCUCAACCACCUCCGACACCGGCUGUACCGAAGCAGGAAAUUCACUAUCACUACAGCGAGAAGGAGUCGGAAGAACCGGAGGUAACACACGAGCAUUAUAACUACCAUCACGAGGAGACAAUCGAGGAAUCGGAUGAUGAUAUACAGCAUCACUAUGUGAGUCCGAACUACGGUAAGUUCAACUAUCGGCCAAACAUUGCCCAUCCUUCGUACCAGAGGCCGUUGCGCGACAGUAUGGCUGCCGGUAGUGAAACCACGCUGAAGGUUGUCGAUCCAGAUUCGAAACACACUCGACCGCUGGAAAUCACCAAGCAGGAGUACAUGCGGCACGUCCAGAAUGCGGUCUUGAGAUAUAUGCGCCAGCUGCAGGAGGAAGGUCGUCUACCACAGAUUGCUUCCCGUGACUCCGACGACACGCAUAAAGCGUUCGAAGAGAUCGAUCUUGCAGCACUGCUAAACGCAGGUCCCAAGCAGAAGUUUCAACUCAAUGGAGCGGUGCGUGCUAAUGUCCCUCCUAGCCCAAGCCAUUACAAACCGAUGAAAUCUGUUCCGAGUUCGUCGACGUACAAACCGACGGCAGCGUCACAGAACGUCAAGCUCGGAAAAAAUACUUACACAGCAGGCAAGCCGCUGAAGGUAGCAAUCGAGAGCUUGCAGGACACGCUCAGCAGCAACGUGGACCUUACCGUAAAGGGGAACAAACAACUGGUAAAGCCAGACCUUUCCGCAAUCGAUGUGGGACAAUCGUAUCUGCACGGUUCCACACUGGAUCACGGUACAUCUCCGAAGGGCUAUGACAGUGUCAACGGUGGAGCAUCUCCCAAAACUAAGUUGCAUUUCAAUCAGCAAUCACAUCACGAUAUCAACUCGAUGCUUAACGCCAAAGAAGGAGCAGGCCUUCAAGGGUUGCGGACAAAUUUGAAAGGAUCAUACCUGGAUCACGCGUCCAACAAUUAUGGUUCCAUUAAGGCAGGAUCCGCCAACGUGGGUGCUUCGAUAAGCUUCGGUAAUGGGGGUAUGGGACAUGGCAAGGGCAUUCAUGCCGGUGAGGAUGACAAUAAGAUUGCACCGGAGGCACUAGAUGCGCCGAUCCAGAUCAUCAACGGGAUCCCGAUUACUAAUCCCUACAAUAUAGAUAUAAACACCCUAAGGUACAUGUUGGGAGGUCUCGCACAGGCCCAAGCCGAACAGCAACAGCAACAGAGCCAACAAAUUUCGCACAAAGAGCCGAGUCUUAAGCUGAAGGGUUCUAACUGGAUGUCUCUUCCAACGAUGGCUAGUCCAACGCAGGUGUUCUCUUCGCACAUACCAACGUAUCAGCAUCCUCCAUCGGAAGUUAACAACUAUAAAUAUAACGCCAAUUUCGAUGCGAGCAACUUCAAGAUCAAGUUCCCAAAGAAUGUUAAACCCAAGGGCACAUCCACAAAUGUGGGAGAUGCUACCACAAGCGGAUCGAUGAACUAUGCUGCUUGGGCAGAAUCACCCAGAGCACCAAAUCAAAUAAACGUUAACCACUUUAAUCAUGGCAAUGGAAAUAACAAUCUGAACCAUGGUAAUGGUAUUCAGAACCAAAAUGUUAUCGUUGGUAAUAGUCGUCCCAUGGCCGUACAGAACCACCAUCACCAUCAGCAGAUGCAGCAACAGUUCCAACAACAGCUACAGCAGCAACAGCAGCACUUUGCUCAGCAGCAUCAACAGCAUCAACAGCAGCAGCAGCAACAGCAGCAACAGCAACAACAACAGCAACAGCAGCAAUUCAUACGUCCGAAUCGAGAAUUUAACCCAGAGCUGUAUCUCAAUCCGAACGGGCAACUAUUCCAGGGUUUGUUGAAACAGAACCCGAUCAUGAGCAAAAAAGUGGCUACCAGCGAUUGGAAGCCGACCACAGUCAAACCCACCAAUGGACCCUCAAAAGCGGUCAAGAUCGAUACAAAUCUGCGGCCACCGCCACCGAUUGUCAAGGGUUGAAGAUCACCCAACACCUGUCCCGUAGAAUAUCCAAAGAAAGAUUCCCCGCAGAGGGCUAAGGCUGGUAAGUUUAGUGGCAAACCAUCUUCGAGCUAAUACAAUAAGUGGUGUAGUCAGUAUGGCGCUGGGUUUUAGUCGUAACAAAUACGAUGAAAUGAAAGUAUUUAGAGACACGAUUCGUCGAACAAGGUAACACAUCUUCAAUCAAACGACUUGUAGUACGAACCGUGCGAAUGCUCCAUUGCAAAGACGCUUGUUUCUGUGCACUGUUUUUAUCCUCUUUAUGAUUUCAUCUUUUACGUAGAAUAGUGAAUUAAUUUAUUACAGUUCUUAAGUUAUGUUUCCUCACCAUUGCGACUGUCUGGUAUGUAGUAGCAGUUAUAACUCUGUAACUCAUUAUAGUAGUUAGUCCGUAGAUAAAUAAAAGUACGAUAUAUUUGAUCCACACCGACUUUAAUAUCUUUGAUUUGAUAUGAUAAUAUUUGUGGCAGUGAAUUUUGUUUUCCAUGCAAGUGAAAGCAUAUAAUUAGUGCCGUAGGGUUAA